AUGGUCGCAAAUUGGUUGAAUCCCAAUGCUUGGGCUUUAGAGCCUGAACAAUCCACUUUUGCGCCUACUUCACGAUGGAGCAACAAGGAUAUGGAUCCCGUGCCAGUGCACUUGAGGACAUGGGCUACCUGGAACUACGUAGCAUACUGGAUUUCAGAUGCGGCUAAUCUCCCUGCCUGGGAGCUAGCAUCUUCGAUGUUGGCGGUUGGCUUAAACUGGCGCCAAGCUCUUGCUGCUAUUGCAGUUGGACAUACAAUAAUCGCUGUAGUGAUGGUAUUAAACGGAACUAUCGGUGCUCGUCUACACGUUGGAUUUCCUGUUCUAAACCGGUCAAGUUUUGGUUUCUGGUUCAGCUACUUCAGCGUUUUAAGUCGUGUCAUUCUUGCGCUCUUUUGGUUUGGUAUCCAGACUUAUAGUGGAUCUGAAUGUGUAAACCAGAUGAUCCAAGCAAUAUGGCCAUCAGCUGUACGCAUUCCUAAUCAUCUUUCACCAAGCUCCGGGAUCACCACAAGAGGCAUGAUGUGUUACUUCAUUUAUUGGAUUAUCCAAUUUCCGAUAAUGUUGAUAUCUCCUCAAAAAAUCCGAUAUUUCUUCUUGUUCAAAGCCAUGAUUGUUCCUGCUGCAUGGAUUGCGAUCCUUAUUUGGGCCAUGGUCAAAGUCCCACCCAGCAUCUCCCUCGCUAACCAGCAAUCCACCGUGAGCGGCAGCGCUUUGGUUUGGGCUUGGUUCAGCUCUAUGAAUAGCGCAUUAGGGAACUACGCCACUCUUGCAGUUAAUAUUCCUGACUUCACGCGGUAUGCUAAGAACGAACGCGCUCAAUAUAUACAAGCCAUCCUGAUCCCGACGUUGUUUACACUAACAGGUUUCGUUGGUAAGCACACAAUGGCUUACGGACAUCUCAAUCAAGCGUUAUAUCCGACUACACUCAUUGCCAACUGGAACCGCGCCCCAAAAUUCUUCGCCGCACUGUCGUACCUCAUUGCCACUCUCGGGACAAAUAUUAGUGCCAAUAGUCUGAGCGCCGCUAACGACAUGAUGGUCUUGUUCCCGAGAUACAUCAACAUCCGCAGAGGUCAGAUUAUAUGCGCCAUCUUGGGUGGUUGGGCUCUAGCACCAUGGGAGAUUCUCGCCAGUGCACCUGGCUUCUUAAACUUUAUGAGUGGAUACACAAUCUUCUUAGGUCCGUUUGCAGGAAUAAUGGUAGCAGACUAUUGGCUCGUACACAAAUGUAAGGUAGAUGUACCUGCUAUGUAUGACCAUAAAGGUCGCUACCAGUACUGGAAUGGUUUGAACUGGCGCGUUGCGGUAGCCCUUCUAUUCUCUGUAUUUCCUAGCUUUCCGGGCCUCAUCAGCAGUAUCAAUCCUAAUAUCAAGGUCGGUAACUCGAUACACAUAUUUGACAUCGCGUGGCUCUAUGGGUUUUUCACUGCUGGUUUCCUUCAUUGGUCAUUGUCGAUGUUAUUCCCAGCACAUGAGACCUUCAUGGAUGCGGCGGUGCUCGAGGUCUACGAGCCUGAGAAGGAUACUGACUCCAGCUUGUAA